AUGAAGCAGUACGUUGAAAAUAGGCUUGCGCGUGAGCGCAAGCACGAGGCGGAGCAGAAGACAUUGGUGAAAUAUGGCAAGGAUAUGGAGCUCUACAAAUGUCACGGAGAGGCCGAUCACCGAGUCGAGACGCAAAGAAGAGCUCGUGAACUCCAGGAGUUCAAAAAUGAGGUACUUUGUACCUAAGGCGGAUAGCAUAGACAUACACAUAGUCAAUUCUAUUAUCUAAAGCGGAUAAGAAUAUGAUAGACAUAGUCGAUUCUACGAAAGAAGUCUGCGGGCCUGCACCGUCGUAUUGUUCAAUAUUGUUCAUUCUGCAUGAUGUCUUUGGAUCUUGGAGCAAUCAAGACUUUUCCGGUCCAUGUCACGCACUAAAAUUUUCAGGUCAUCACCGAGCACCAGCACGUGCAGACACAGCAGAUAGCGACAAGGAAAGCGAUAAUAUCAAAAAUGGAGACAGAUAUCGCGAUUGAGCUAGAAAAGAGGAAAAGCGACGCUAUCCGGGAAGAGCAAGACAAACGGAGAAUGUUUGAAGGUGUUUAUUCUGAAUGGCCCUGAUUGAUUUGGUAGGGCAAGCAGGCAGUCGUUUUUACGAAAGAACCAACUGUGUUUGAAUUUGUGUGGCGUAGGCUCAGUAUCCUUGCGUAGAAGUAAUAUGCCAGUCAAUAAUGAUUCUGUAAAUCCUAAUGCAGGCAGUGAGGAGUUGCGGGCGAUGAAAGCGAAGUUGCAUCAGGCACAGGUGAACAAGGAGAGGCAUCAGCAAGUAGUUGAAAAAUUGCUGAAGAAGGAGCAAGAAAAACAGGAUGUAUUUACUACUUGCGUACUCAGUAGGUAGAGAUAAGUCAAUGUAGAUUUUUGAACACCGGCGAUUUAUUAGCAGGUGUCUUACUACAAUGUUCUCAUGAUCUUUCUAGAAUGAAGAGUUCUUCGCUAACUCGUUCAGUAACAGCUACUCAUGAGAUUAGGCAUCAUGUAUCAUACAUUCUUUUUCAUUUUUUGUCACACAGGAAGAGGAAAUAGCGCAAUGCAUGGAAUAUGAACGAAGAAAAGCGAUUGAGGAGGAAAUCACGACGAAGAUAUACAAGUCACAACAGAAAGGUACUUAUUUGAACAGUCAGAAUGUGACCCUGUUGAGAUAUAAUGUAAGUAUGUUGAUAAACUAACAGAUGUAGGCAAUAAUGACCGUUCUAUCUGACCUCGCUCUAGCUGCUUCUAGUUAGAAUAGUUUCUCAGCCACAGCCUUUUUUCCAAUCCGUUCUAGGUCAAGCGACGGCGAUAAAUCAACAACAAAUUAUCCUCCGUGAGGAGGCAAAGAAGCUUUCCAAGAUUCAAGCAGACAAGGAGAAAGCACAGGUAUCCACGAUCAAAUAGUAAGUACUUCAUAUCUGCAAUUUCGCUCUUGAUGUGCAUACUAAUCGUAACCAAAAUGACGAAGUAUUUCAUCGACUUGAGGCGACAAUCUGCAAAAUCAAAAAUCUUCAAGUUUCACUUGCUAUUCAUCUAGCUACUAUACGAUAUGAAUUAGGUUGAGGAAAUAGUCGCACAAAUAGCGAAAGAGGAUGCCCUCGAAGCUGAAACUAGACGGAAGAAGCAAGAAGAGACCCAGGCAAUGCUUCGAAGAUUCAUGGUGGAGCAGCAAGAAAGACAGAGAAAAAUGGAGGCGGUACUAAAUAAAUUUUGCACUGUGAUGUAGUUAACGAUGCUCCUUCAUGUCCUGCUAGUUGCAGGAAUUCCCUCGUACUACUACAACAAUUGAGCUUGUUUCUUUUGAUCCGCAUAGCUUGGUGGUGUUUUGACCCGAUUCAAAAAAGCUGUCCGUGUCGACCGAUUUGCGAAUUAUUUGAAUCUCUCAUACUCCUUCGAAUCAACAUACUAGGAAGAGUUGGCAGAAAUGGAAGCGAUCGAGGAAUUUGCGAGAAAGAAGCGUGCUGCAGAGGAGGCGGCUCUAGAGAAAAAGAAGGCUGAAGAAGAGGCCAAGAAGGCGGCCUAUGAAUUGAUAGUAGCAACUGCUGAGGCUAGGAACAAAGAAGCUGAGGAAUUCGAAUACCUCAAAAACGAACUGUACUUCCCUUUGAGAAUUAGAGAAGUUCUAACGUUAUUUUCAUCGUUUUUCUUACCCCCUCCAUGAUACGAAGGAUACUUAGAAGUAAGAAAAAGAAGUCUAAUUUUGGAAGGUGCAAAAGAUGAAAACACUGCACAUUCGUAUACCUUCUAUCAUGAAAGACUUCAGAAUCGAAUGUAUUUUUUCUCUUACAAAAAGAAGCCGAUAAAUGUUAAGCUACAGCAAAGUGCACACAAUAACUUGAGUACUAAUUAUAUCAUUUAGGUAUGCUGAGGAGCUUGAGGCGCAAGAGCGACGGAAAGAGGAGCUUGGUAUGCGCAAGAAGUUGGAGGACCGUGCGGAGAUGUUGAAGGCGUACAACGAUCAGUUGGCCCUGAAGGAGGCCAAGAGACAGCGUGAGGAAGCAGAGGAGGCCGCGUUCCGUGUCAAGUUGCUCGAGAAAUUUGCGGAGGAUGACCGCAUAGAGCUCUUGAAUGAGCAGAAGAAGCGAAUGAAGGUACAAGCGCACAAGCGGGAAGUCGAGCGGCUCAUACAGGUAUUUUUUGUGCUACGUACAGUUUUUUAUGAGCGACAUCGGCCUUGCGUAUUCCACCACUCUUCUACGACUAGAUUCAUUUUCCUAUAAUUUUUUCAACUUUAUAUAUUAGUUUUAGUAUGUUUCUCGUGUGUUUGUCUUUUUGCGGUACAACCAGAAGGUGUCCUCUGUGUUCGUGAGAUGAAGCUUUCAUGAAACAAAGUCAUUCUUGUAGGAAAGUACUAACAUCAUCAUCAUGAAUAGGAGCGACGUGCGCAGUACCAGGCGGAGCGCGACGGCGAGCUGAAGUUGCUCGAAGAGCAGCGACAAAUCCAAGAGGAGCGCUACGUCGAGAUCGAGGCUGAAAAACGCCGGCUCUUGCGCGAACACGCUGUCCAAUUCCGGGACUACCUGCCGAAAGGUAUGUUCAACAACAAGGAGGAUUACGAAUACGUCAUGUCUCAACCAGAACCACAAAACUAAAAAAGGUAAAAACGAUGAUAGAACUGGAGGUACUGGAAGAAAAAGUAGUUGGAAGACGAGGAAAAGGAGGAAGUGGAAGUACUUCUUGCAUUUUUAUGAAAGGUUCGAGAGUACCAGUUGUAGUUGUACUACGUACUAGUACGGUUGUGCCAUGGAGCUGGAGGUGGUUUUUUGGGAGGAGGCUAGACAAACGAGUCUUCAGCUUCUUGCGCCAUCGUUGACUUGGUCGUCUCCUUCUAGGUGGUAGUGGAAAUUGAAUAACCUUCGUUCUCCUAGUAGGAAUUAGACUUUUUACACUGUGACUCACAUUGGGUUCUCUCGAGUCUCAACAUCAAACACAUCGAUCAUGGUUAGCAGGAAACAAAAGACGUCUUGUUCGCAUGUUGGUGUUACGAUUAAUUUGUUAUUCCAACGCGUCGACCACAGAGAGAAGUACAGGAAGCCUUCGCGAAAGGUUAUGCCUGAUAACAUUUUUAUGUGGCGAUCAACAUAUGAAAUACCAACUGUAAACUCAAUGCUGUUUGUGCAAGAAAUGCACAAGCAUGUAUUCUUCGUUAUUCUUCGAUUGAUUCUUCUUCUACAAAUAGAGAUAAGUACUAGUUAUAUUUUUCGGAACUGUAUUGAUUAGAACUUAACGCAAACGCAACAGGAAUGAAAUAACCACACUUCAGAUAGAAGGGCGUGUGCUCCACAUCCAGUAGAUAUUGGAAGUGGGUCGUUUAGAGUUACGCUGUUCACGCGCCAGGCAGUGUUGUUUUGGUACUGUCUCUGUGGUUCGCAUGUAGGUUUAUUGUAAUUCGCAGCUAAGAUGAUAGACAUAGACUCGAUUGGUAGGGUAGCCAGUUGCAAGUUGUGUAUAACGAUUGCGGACAACGAAAAGCUUCGACUUCACGCGCCGGAAGCUAGUUGCCUGUUGAUGAAGAUAAGCAACAAAUAGUCCCAUGCUGUUGCUGAACUUAUCACGCAUUUCACCUAGUAUACGUGUUAGUGGCGCGUUCAAAUGUCCGGGACAAAUGUUUGAUCAGAUCAUUUGUAUGAUGUCCUUAAAGUUAAAAGAACAAUAACAGUAAGCAGCAGGUGGAGAUGUUGUACAACAUGCUUCGCAGGAGAAGUGUUGUACUCAAUCUAUAGAAACAUCCAGAAAGUGGUAGUCGUGUUCCUCGUCCUCAGCAACCCUAAACCCUCUAUUGAUUUGUCUGCUUUCACAAUUGUUAUCCUAUUCUACUUUAGAAAGCUGCG